AUGGCGACCUAUACCCACUGGCUCUCCGAGACUCCCACCGAGUACAUGCAGCACUACCUGCAAGAAGAAUGGCAUGCAGCCUCGGACCAUGAUGAGCUGUUGAAGAUACGCUAUUACUCCUUCACGAUUCGAGCAUUUGUCUUUCGCGGUGAUCGUCUUUUCUUGACAAAUAGGACCAACUCCUCAAGCGCUGAAGCGCAGCUCAGCGUUCUGGCGGAUCGGUUGGAUGUAUCUCUGAUGUCGUUAAUUGAAGACGAACCACCAGUCUACCGCGUGGAGCAGGAUCCAGAAGUGUCGAUUAGGGAUCAUGUCCGAACAGCACUGUCAGCACGGUACCACCAUCCGGCCAUUCUGGAGAAUGUCAGGUUCCUUGAUGAGUUCUCCUUUGCUGAGCCCACAGUCCGCCGUCGUGUCGAGGGGAGCACACCUGGCAUUGACUCGCAUAUUUACAUCUGCGACUUCGAGCUCUCGAUCGUCUUGUCGAAGUUCUAUGGCUCCUUGGGAAGUGGACCCGCGUACCGCUGGACGACAGAAGCAGACAUCGACGAGGCACAGCUGGUGGCCGGUCUGGAUCUGAUGCAUAUUUCCGACAUGUUCCGGAAGUACCACGAAUGCAAAGAAGAUGAAGCCUUCCAUGAACGUUGUAAAGACGCCGUGAGAAAAGCCCUAGCGAAGCGUUGGUGGAGAGAGCACACCGACAAAGCCUUUCGCUUCGGUGUGAUAGCUCAUCAGCCUGGCAGAGGAUCGGGUGGGAUCUCAAUCUUCUCCGUGAACCUUCCGGCCGCUGCAGCCAGGAAAGAUGCCGUCUGCAUUGAGCACGAGGGCGCCAGGUACCACAUUGUGGGCCGCUUUGCGGGCGAUUCGGUGCAGCUGAGCACAGAAGUCGAGACGUGGACGCCAAUGAUGAGAGAUGAUGGCAGUAUCGACAUUAGCUGGAACCUGACAUCUGAGCGUACGAUCUUUUACUGA